AGAGAGAGAGACCUAAAAUGGCAGUCUCUUGGAUUUGGCUUACACUCAUAGCCUUUAUAGCAACCUCUUUGCUUCACAGGUUGGUGACGAGCAAUAACAAGAAGAAGAGACUGCCUCCAGGUCCAAAAGGGCUCCCUAUUUUAGGACACCUCCAUUUGCUGGGGAAAAACCCUCAUCAAGAUUUGCAUAGGAUAGCCCAAAAACAUGGCCCUAUAAUGUACAUGCGAUUCGGGCUUGUCCCAAACGUCAUCGUCUCAUCGCCUAAAGCAGCUGAGCUCUUCCUCAAAACACACGACCUCAUUUUCGCCAGCAGACCACCUCAUCAGGCUGCUAAGUACCUGUCUUGGGAUCAAAGGAACUUGUCGUUUGGUGCAUACGGUCCCUACUGGCGAAACAUGCGUAAACUGUGCACACUAGAGUUGCUCAGCAACCUUAAGAUCAGUUGUUUCCAAACUAUGAGAAGGGAAGAACUUGGGAUUUUCAUUGAAUCACUCAAACAGGCUGCUCGUGAUGGUAUCCCUGUUGAUCUUAGUGCAAAGGUUUCAUCCUUAACUGCCGAAAUGAGUUGCAGGAUGGUGUUUGGUAAGAAGUACGAGGAUAAGGAUAUAGAUGAGAGAGGGUUCAAGACUGUGAUUCAAGAGGGGAUGAAGUUAGCAGCAGUUCCCAAUUUGGGGGAUUACUUUCCUUUUCUUGGAAUCCUGGAUAUCCAAGGGCUGACAAGGAAAAUGAAGGCACUUAGCAAAGUGUACGAUGAUUUCUUUGAAAAAGUUAUAAAUGAGCAUGUUAGGGAUUGGGAUCAUGGUGAGCAGACCAAAGACAUUGUUGAUACCAUGAUGUCCAUCAUGCAAUCUGGACAGACUCGUGAGUUUCAGUUCGACCGGCGCCAUGUCAAGGCCAUUAUGCUGGACAUGCUUGCUGGUUCAAUGGACACUGCAGCAUCAUCAGUGGAGUGGAUACUGUCAGAACUCUUGAGGAAUCCAACAACAAUGAAAAAAGUUCAGAAAGAGUUGGAAGAAGUGGUGGGAUUGGAGAGGAUGGUGGAGGAAUCAGAUAUUGACCAACUCGAAUAUCUAGACAUGGUUGUUAAGGAAACCUUUCGGCUACAUCCGGUGGCUCCUCUGUUGAUCCCUCACUACGCUAUGGAAGACUGCACGGUUAAUGGCUACGACAUACCUAAAGCGUCACGAAUAAUCAUCAACACACAUGCGAUUGGACGGGAUCCAGACGCGUGGAGUGAGCCUGAGAAGUUCAUCCCUGAGAGGUUUGUUGGGAGCGAGAUUGAUGUUAGGGGACAACAUUUCCAGCUUCUUCCAUUCGGCUCCGGGAGGAGAGGCUGCCCAGGAAUGCAACUCGGCCUCAUACAGGUUCGGUUGAUUGUGUCGCAAUUAGUUCAUUGCUUUGACUGGCGACUGCCUAACGGUGUUUUGCCGAAGGAGUUGGACAUGGCUGAGGAGUUCGGCCUCGUCGUUAAUAGGGCCAACCAUCUCAUGGCUAUUCCUACUUUCCGGUUGCAGAAUUAGUUAAUGUAAGACCAGCUUUCAGGCUUCGCAAGUGUUUACUUCUUCACAAACUUCUCAUCUUGCUUGGGUGAGACAGUAAUAAAAGUCAAUGAGGCUUAACUCAAUUGGCGAAAUUGAGACCUCAUGAUCUUAGAUAUUAUAGGUUCGAAUCUCGCCAGGUGCUUUGGAUGUUGUCUGCUGUAUAGUAAGAGUUGUUGUCUAAUAAUAGUUCAUCGCUCUUACCUCAAAAAAUAUUUAAGAUUUUAUCCUUGGGAUGAUUGAUGUUCGUUGCAACCGAGAUCCACUACAUUGUUCAUCAAGAAUUCUGAAAACCCCAGUAGUAUAAUUGAUAUCUCUGAUUCUUUUAAUUAUACAAAGGGGGAAGAGUAAUUGGGUCUUAAUCAAUCAGAAAGAAGACAUCGCCAACUGUAGCGAAAAUCAUCGGAAUCACAGCAGCGCAGAUCUGUUGAUGCUGGGCUGAAGAAUUGGAAUC